UAAAAAUCUAUGCUUUAUACAAUGUCAAAUGGGAACUGUAAACGUAAAUUCAAAAAUGUCAAAUUAAAUCGAUUGUUUAUAUUAUUCAGAUUUAGAUAACUACUUUGAGGGCAUUUUCUUGAUUUUUAAUUGUAAUACGGUUUUAUUUUAGUUUCUAAGAUAGAUGUUUUAUCAAAUAUAAAGUGCAACAAAAAAAUAUAACCUACAAUGGAAGAUAUUUCAACAAACGAAACAAAAAAGGAAGAACAAACUGAAUUCAAAAAGCCUGUCCUUAUAGGACGCAUUGGUAAACUUCCCAAAAAAGCUAAAAAUGAACCGGAAAAACCAGUCGAAGAGAAAAAAUCCGAAGAACCAAAGGAAAAUGUAAGCGAAGGGUCCAAGAAUUCUUUGCCUCCCGGAAUUUCAAUGAAAGAUUUUACCCCCAUUCCUUACAAAGAGCCUAAAUGGUCGGGGAUGUGUCCAGAUGGAUCGGACUAUGCCCUUGAAGUGCUCAAGUCUGGUAUGAUAGUGGAGAAGAUAGAUUUGACGAACAAAGCUUACUAUGUAUUUGGUAGGCUCACCAACUGUGAUGUGGUGAUGGCACAUCCUACUAUAUCCAGACACCAUGCAGUGCUCCAAUACAAAGCCUUUGCUGAAGAAGGCGAGCCUCCUUCCGGCUGGUAUCUCUACGACCUCGGCAGCACCCACGGCACCUUCCUGAAUAAGGAGCGCAUGAAGGCCAGCCAUUACACCAGACUGAGAGUUGGACAUCAGAUCAAGUUUGGUUCAAGCAGCAGAACUUUUAUAUUGCUGGGUCCAGACUUUGAUUGCGAGGGUGAAUCAGAACUCUCUGUAACUGAGAUAAAAAAAAGAGCACAAGAUAUGAAAUUAGAGCGAGACAGAGCUAUACGCGAGGUAAUAGAACAACGGGAGAAAGAUAGACUCGAGGAGGAGAAGAAGCGAGAAGAGCAGGGUAUAGAUUGGGGCAUGGGCGAGGAUGCUGAAGAAGAGACAGAUUUGGCAGAAAACCCAUACGCGGCGACCACAAACGAGGAGCUGUACCUGGAUGACCCCAAGAAAACACUCCGGGGGUAUUAUGAGAGGGAAGGUCUGGAGCUCACUUACGAUUGCGAGGAAAGAGGAGUGGGACAAUUUAUAUGCAAAGUCGAGCUACCCUUAGAUGAUGCGCGCGGUAAGCCAGUCAUGGCCGAAGCCAUCCAUCGGGGCAAGAAGAACGCCGUGGUGGCUUGCGCUUUGGAGGCUUGCAGGAUCCUGGACAGAGCGGGACUGCUGCGACAGGCUAAACACGAGUCCCGUCGUCGCAAGCAGCGCGACUGGUCGGCGGAAGACUACUACGACUCGGACGAGGACUCAUUCCUCGAUCGCACCGGUGCCGUGGAACGCAAGCGACGAGAGCGCAUGCGCAGACUCGGCGCCGACAACACAGAACAAGCUCCGCUUACAUAUGACUCCCUGCUUAAACAAAUAGCAGACCUGGAAUCGAACAUAUCAGCCGAAGAGAAAUCCCUGGAGGCGUUACGUGCGCGGGCGAAGGCGCCUGAGGGCGGCGACGGGGACGAACUCGACGCGUACAUGUCCUCGCUCAAGCACGGCACCAUGGCGCAGAAGGCAGAAAUAUCCAGGACUAAGAUGACCAUUCAAAAGCUAAAAUCUGAGUUGAGUAAAACUCAAAAACUUGCGGAGUUGGCGCGGCCCGCCCAUUUACCACCGCUCAUAAAGAAGGACGACAAGAAGAUGGCUGUCAAGAUGGGCAGCAACUCAGUGCUGUAUGGGAAGAGAAUCAGGCUAAAAGACGACGCUGAGAAGCGCCCGAAAAUACGGAAAGCGACGACACAGCAAGAAACAGAAUUUGUUGAAGAAAUGGACUCUGAUGAAGAAAUGGAGAAACCGAAUGAGGGAGAUAGCAGUACAAAAAAGAGUGACAAGGACAGCGUACAGACUAAAGAUGAUAAAUGUAUGGCCGGUAGUACGUCGGGUAAGAAUGAGACAAAAGACGCAAAAGAACAUAAGAGUGAACAUGACAAAAGAGUGUUUGGACCAAUGAGGCCACCGGACAACUAUGUUAUACCAGAAGAUUAUUUCGAUCAAGUCUCUGAUAGGGAUCUACCAGAGAUCACGGAUGAAUAAACUUAAAUAUAUUUUGGUUCAGAGGU